AUGAUCGACCAGAACUUACCCACUUUUUUCCUCAAGAGCAACUCCAAACAACCUCAGAUUAGCACGAUUUACCACCGCCAACAUGGAAAUGACCCCGAACCGGCUUAUGCCCUACGCGCCUUGGAUCCCGCCGCCCCCACAUCACAAAACCGCUACGGAGUUGCGUUGUACGAUCCCUAUGUGCCAGACGUUGUGUAUGGGGAGGUCGCCGUGAUGCCAGAUUGGACUCACCCAACCUUGUCGGUAGACACGAUCCGGGCAAACGGCGGCGUCGCACCACCCCCGGAUCCAAUCCUUCCUAUGGAGUUUACAAUCCAACUAUACAACCCCGACCAGCAGAUCACAGUGAAAUACCAUACCAAGUCGUGGAACAAACCAGCACGAUGGGAGUUCGAGAUGCCGCAAAAUACAUUCCGUGUUCCAUCCGGCUCAGCGCUAGACCAGACUCAGAUUGACCCAUCGCUCGCCGACAUCACUCCGAAGCUGCGGUUCAGCUGGCGCAAGGAUGGGAAACUGUCGAAAGACCUGACCUGUCUGUUACACGGCAAAACCUCAACAAUUCCGGACACGCGCACAAAGAACCGCGAGCCAGAUAUCACGGUCGCCUUAUUCCAAGGACUCAAGGAGCUCACUCUCUACGAGCCGAAUCUGUAUCGCGUGGAAAUGGAGGAUUUCAAGGGGUUGGAGGUCGUGCUACUCUUGGCUGCUAUCGCGAUCCGGGAUAUUUUCUUCGGGCCAGCGAAAGAGGCCUUUCAUAUCACACCCGGUGGGCCAAACCAAACAACUCGCAGGCCAGUAGUAGGGCAGACCGCAAAUGCGGCAGUGAACACGCCAGUUGGCAACACCAAAUUCGAACAGAGAAGCCCACAGGCCGGACCUUCUGGGCCAGCAAAGAAUGGAAGACCAUCUCCGCCCCGUCUCAGCAUCCCGAACUCCUCAUCCCCAGCCCCACAAGAGAGGAGGCGACAAGACGAGCUCGCAAGGGAGGAAGAAGAGCGACGAACGCAAGAAGUACUCGCCGCAGAACAAAAAUCACGGCGUCGGCGGGACGCAGAAAUCGAAGAAGAAACCAGACGCUUACAACAGUUAUACGGCCAAGAAGAAGAGCAGGCACGAAUGCAACGGCAUACCCCAGCUCCAUCUUCUAGACCUCAAGCUCCACCCCGACACACCGGACCCCCUCAAGCUUAUUCCCCCGAAUACUCCCAAUCUUCAGUCCAACUUCCCCCCCAGCCUGCAGCCCGUCCAUCCCGCCACCCUCGCCAACAGAAUUCUCACCCCGCCCCCAUCCCUACCUUUGCCAAUAACCCAUACCUCCAUGCACCAGGCCGCAUGGACCCCCGAGCCCAGUCAUCUGCACAUCUGAUGCAGUCACGGCCACACCCGAGACCACAGUCUACCGUCGGAUUCCACCCAGUACCCACGAGCAGUGGUGCUCUCCCCGCAUCAUCGAGGCCGGCCCCUCAACUACAGCCGAAAAAAAGCAGUUUCUUUGGAUUCCGGCGCACUAGAGAAGAAAGCAGUGCUGCCAAACUCGAGAAAAAGCGGAGUUCUAUGUUUUGA